UGGAAAGGGAGCGUAUGGCUCAAACACUUCCAUCUUUGACUCUACCGGCAGUUGUCUUCCCAAAAUAGCCCGCACUCCACGGCCUUAUAUGUGCAGGCCUGCAGCAUGUGCCUGAGGAGGCAUCAUGUAUCUAGGCCACACAAUACGGUCCACAGGCUCAUUGUUGCUGCUCACCAGCAGGCCUAUCACCCCCCUCAGGGACCAGGCCCGUCUUUCUGUUUAGUGUCGGCUCAACAUGCAUCUCACCGGGCUUAACCACGAAUGUCUCCUCCACCUUUUUUCCUUCCUGGACAAAGACAGCCGAAGGAGUUUGUCCUUUACUUGUCAUCAGCUGCGUGAAGUCUUCAUGGACCCCCGCCUCUGGAAUCUACUUCUCUUCAGCUCCCCGUGUGAGCUGAGGAGGGACAACUUUGUGCUGGGGCCCUCGCUGCGCUACCUUACCGUUUGUUGGUACUCCAGCAGAGUCCUGCAGGUGUGCAACAUAGAGGACUGGCUGAAGAGCUCGUUUCAGAGGGACAUAUGCAGCAAACACGAACGCCUGGUCAGCACUUUCCUGGCCCAGGUCCGCCGCAUGUGUCCCAACCUGCUCUCCCUGUCCCUGUCCGGCUGUGGACACAUCACUGACCAGGAUGUGAUCGCCACGCUGCGGAGCUGCAGGAAGCUGCGCCGCCUCCACCUGGAGAACUGCGUCCGCAUCACCGACUCCGGCCUGGAAGGCGUGGCGGCUCACGGCGCGAGUCUGGAGGAGGUUAAGAUUGACUUCUGCAGGAACGUCACCCAGGCGGGGCUGCAGGCUGUCAAAAGGAAGAGGCCCGGCAUCGAGCUGAGUGCAGAGAGGAGCGCCGGCAUGAUCCCAGACAGCAAACCUGAGGAGAGGGUGCCGCUCAGGAGGACCCUGCAGAAGGUCCUGCAGUUCUCCUGAUGGAAAAAAAAUCCUCUCAUGUGGGGGACAACGAGGAGGAGCAUUCCUGUAACUGCUGGACUUUAAAGAUCUUCACCGUGGUGCUAUUGUGCUGAUUUGUAACCGUGCUUCAUGGAAGUGUCUUUACAUCCUCUUUUUAUACUUUUUUAUAAAACACACGUGGUCUUCCUCCUUACUCAUACUUACAUUGUCAGGCUGUCUCUAUUCUAGGCUAAGCUCUUCAGGGACAUUUUUUUUUUUUUACAUACUUGCAAUGAAUAAACAGAUGGUCUUUCUUUAUCUACAGUGAUAUUAAUAACACAACUUUAUGAUCGCAAUCCUGAAGAUUUUGGAAAACAUUCAAAAACCC